UUAAAUCGCAACGCGUUGAACGUUGUCGGUGAGCAAGUUCGCACGUCACGCGUGCACAUUUCAAUCGCCAGAUUGAUAUUCGUCGAACGUCUAUAGUCGUCGGAUAGUUCGACGUCCCCGCGGAACCGGACGUCUCGAUCUCGACGUGGGACAGCGAGGACGGUGCGGUCGCGGGUCGCUUAAACGUAAUCUCGAUCGGAUCGAUUCUCAGACAGGACGACCGCAAGACCCCACACUUUUCCCCGACGCGACCUUCCCUCCGAUCAGACGUCAGUUGGAGUGACACUGCACGCGAUGCGACCGUGAGCCCGCCAUCUGGUACACCGAAUUGUCUGUCGCCGUGCGCGACAAGUUCUCCUCUUCGCGUUCCUCUGGACGCGUUUCGUCCCGCGACGCGAGAAAGAAGAGUCUCUUUGCGGUGUCGCCGUGCAGUGACACGCAACGCUCGAGCGCCUUUCAGAGGGCAAGGAUCCUUUGUUGCCGCGACAUGGGCGCGCGGUAGGAUUCUUUCUCUUUCGUGUUGCCCGCGACAAAGAUUUUACAUCUCGAGAAUGGGACAGAUUGGUCACGAAGCGUCCCAUUCAGUGGUACUACAUGCUGGCAUACCGAUACGCCGCCGUUAAUCUCGUCGAUUCUCGUCGGAGAAUGUGAGCGAUUCUGAAAGCCGCGUGGAAAGCAUAACUGCAUUUUUAAACAUUCUGACAAACUACGGUCCAUCAUUCGAUGCCAGCGAUUUUCGAGCUUCAUGCGCGAAAGAGGAUCCGAUUUCCCCCUUCGAGAGGGAACGAGACGCGAGACGAUAUCGUGACGGCACGCCGGCACUUCCGCAUAUCAAAUCGAUGUCCCGUGCGCACCCUCGCGCAAGAUGAUAGUAUUCCUGCGUAUACGAGGAGGAAGCGCGCUCCGGCACGCGAUACGGAGAUUAACGCGAUACUUCGAGGAGUGAUAACUCCGCCUGCGACAGUGGGAGUCUUCAUCGAACGUCGCGCUGCCGCCUCUUCCUUUUCAAUUCGCGCGAUAAAGCGGACGGACGUUGACGGAUGUCCUGUAAGUGAGACUAGUCGGUGAGAGAGAAAGAGAGAGGGAGAGAAGACUAACUCUUAGAAUUAUAAUAAAUUAGAAUAAUUAAUUAAAAAAAACGAGAAUUCUGAUCAAUCGGUUAUAACGCAAUAAAACUUUGCUAAAAUACGAGCA